UGUCAUCCCGACUCUGCCUUUUCACCCAGAGUAGCUGCUGCCUUCCUGCCUGUCCUACCAAGCUGCCACCAUGAGCUUCUCCACCCAGAGGGUCUCCUCGUACCGCCGUACCUUCGGCGGGACAGCUGCCCCUUCCUUCCCAUCUCCUUCCUUCCCACGGGCUUCUUUCGGCACCAAGGGCUCUUCUUCCAGCUCCAUGUCCUCUCGGGUAUACCAAGUGUCCCGUGGUGCUGCAAUGCCCACCCUUUCUAGCUUCCGCGCAAGCUACUCAGCCCCGCUGCGUUCAGCCUAUCAAGGUGCCGGCGAGGUCCUUGACUUCUCCCUAGCUGAUGCCAUGAACCAGGAAUUCCUGCAAACCCGUACAAAUGAGAAAGUGGAGCUGCAGGAACUCAACGACCGCUUCGCCAAUUACAUUGAGAAGGUCCGUUUCCUGGAGCAGCAGAAUGCCCUCAUGGUGGCUGAAGUCAAUCGACUCAAGGGCAAGGAGCCCACGCGCAUUGCUGAGAUGUAUGAGGAAGAGCUGAGGGAGCUGAGGCGCCAGGUGGAGCUGCUGACCAACCAGCGAGCACGGGUGGAUGUGGAGAGGGACAAUCUGCUGGAUGAUCUCCAGAAGCUGAAGCAGAGGUUGCAAGAGGAGAUUCAUCUUAAAGAAGAAGCAGAAAACAACUUAGCUGCUUUCAGAGCUGAUGUUGAUGCAGCCACUCUGGCCCGUAUUGACUUGGAGAGGCGUAUCGAAACAUUGCAGGAAGAAAUUGCUUUCCUCAAAAAAGUGCAUGAAGAAGAAAUUAGAGAAAUGCAAUCCCAGCUGCAGGAACAACAAAUCCAGGUGGAGAUGGACGUGUCAAAGCCAGAUCUGACCGCAGCACUGCGUGACAUCCGUGCCCAGUAUGAGAACAUUGCUGCAAAGAACAUCUCUGAAGCAGAAGAGUGGUACAAGUCCAAGGUGACUGACCUGACUCAGGCAGCAAAUAAAAACAAUGAUGCCAUUCGCCAAGCCAAGCAGGAGAUGAUGGAGUACCGGCAUCAAAUCCAAUCAUUCACCUGUGAGAUUGAUGCUCUCAAGGGCACGAAUGACUCUCUGAUGAGGCAGAUGAGGGAGAUGGAGGAGCGCUUUGCCGGCGAGGCUGGCAAUUACCAGGACACAAUCCAGAGGCUUGAAGAGGAGAUCAGGCAUUUGAAGGAUGAGAUGGCACGGCACCUGCGCGAGUACCAGGACCUGCUCAAUGUCAAGAUGGCUCUUGACGUUGAGAUUGCCACUUACCGCAAGCUGCUGGAGGGUGAAGAGAGCAGAAUUUCACUGCCCAUUCAAACUUUUUCUGCCAUCAACUUCCGAGAGACCAGCCCAGAGCAAAGGAGCGCUGAGGUUCAUACCAAAAAAACAGUGACCAUCAAAACCAUCGAGACACGUGAUGGGGAGGUGGUCAGCGAAGCCACGCAGCAACAGCAUGAAAUGCUGUAGGUCUUGUAACCCCCAGAGCGACUUGGCCCAUCUCAACCCGCUCCUUUUCAUGUGCAAAAAUCAGGGGAUGCCAGUUCCCACACCUUCUCCCACAUCCUCCUUUUGUAAGAGCACCACUGGACAACCUCACCCGCUCAACUGAAUGUACAAGAAGCCUUCUGUGUUCCCCAAAGCCUCUCUCCUUCGGCUCCCUUUCUGCACUCCCUUUCCUUUGCUUUUUUGUUCUAUUCUUUUCCUGCCCUUGGGCGGGAGGAGGGCAGAAAGAGAGUUGCAGCUUUGUGUGUGUGUGUGUGUGUGUGUGUGUGUGUGUGUGUGUGUGGUACAUGCAUGCAUGUGUUAGAGGUGAGGCUUCCUGCCCCUGUAUGGGGUCUGACUAUUGCCUGAAAAGAAAACUCUCAUCUGCCUUUACAUGGUGACACGUGCCCUGAGUCACCUAUGUGUGCUCUGAUAGCCAUGUGUAGUUACACUCCCAACCUGAGUGUGGGUCCCUGCCCCUUCUGGGUCCUUCUGCUGCAGCAGUAAUGAGAGCUACCUGCAGGCCCUGCACAGACAGAGGAAAGUGGGGGGAUGUGUGAGCAUAGCCCAGAGAAUGAGGCUGAGUCACCUGCCCAGUCUUGCCUCCGGGACCAAAGCCACAGAGUUGCCCCUACCCUCAGGGAGCAGGACUCCUUGCUUGUGGGCGGGCGGAUGGGUGAUGCUUGCAUCUCUAAGCUCAGUGAUUGUCUGUCCCGUUUGCUAUGCUACUGAAGCUCUUUUUGGACAAGGUUCCCCCCUUCCUGUCUUGGGGUUUUUCCUACAAGUGUAGGCUAGAGUGCUAGGAGAAUGAGGAUCUCUAAAGGGGAAAGUGAGUGAGGCCUCUGAGAGGAGAUGACUUGGGCCCAGAAGGGGACAAGCCCUCCCCCAUGCCUGCUGUGAAGUGAAGUGAAGCUCCUAAUUUGGGAGGUUGGAUAUCAUGGCCGCCGGGGAGAGGAGCAAGAUGCCAGGAGCAAUAUACCCACACAUGCAAGCUUACCUGCCUGGAGCAUGAUCCCUUGCCACAUCCCAAAUCUGCCUCACGGGGACUGUUGAAAGGCCUGCAAAAGAUUGUGGAGAAGAGAAGAGAAGGAACUGGCAGGUGAUCAGGUGAUGGAGAGAGAGAGAGAGAGAGCCAGCAGAGAACAGUCUGUCAUUGUGAAUGAAUGGAGAGAGAGGACAUGGAGAGAGAAUGAAUACUCCUAGCCCUAUACCCCAACACGUACUGGUCCUACAAAAGAAAUAAAUAAACUAUGCAGCACAAAA